AGAUUAAAGGCGACUGCGGAGAUUGGAUGGGCGUCAUCAUGCUUGAUUAGGUUUACGCUUCCAGUGUACCAUCAGCAGAAGCUGCUGGCGCUGUAUUUUCGGUAAGCUCCCUCGAGGCCGUGUUUUCUUGUAAUUCACGGCUUCCUUGACGCUUAAAGCCAAGCGAACACACGUCGUGAACCUGACGGAAAGGUGCAACUCAUUGUUUACUGGCGGUUCACACGCAGGGAUCCCGAUAAUAUUACCCACAAAUAUGAAGGCUCGUAUCCAUGAUCGUGUCAUCUACUCGCCAUACCCCGGUGUGGACAUUCCUGAGUGCUCUUUCUACUAUCUGGCCAAGGAGAAACUGCUGGUGAACCCUGAAAAACUACUGCUGGUUAGCGAUGUCGUCAGCCUCACCGGAAGCCAAACCUUGGCUCACAUGAAGCGUUAUGCUGUUGGUUUCCGGAAUAAUGGCGUGGUUCCUGGAGACCGGGUCUGCAUACACCUGGACAAUGGAGUGGAAAAUCUAGUAGCCAUCUAUGGCUGCAUCCUCGCUGGAGCAGUGGUUGUCUUAGCCAGGCGUUCAGUUACCGAAAACGAGCUACGUUACCUGGCCGAAGACAGCGACAGUACACAGAUUCUCACCGAUCAAAAGCACAUGCAAAAAGUCGUCAAAGUAGCGAAGGCACUGAAUAUGAAGGGUCUUUUCUGCAUGGGACCUGCAUCAGGCUUUGUCUCAGUCACCGAGUUCUUAGACCUGGACGAGCGAGAUUUCGUUGAGUUCCCUGUCAGCAACCCUCGCGACACAGUCCUCGCUGUAUGCUACACUUCUGGAAGCACCGGCUUACCGAAGGGAGCCGAGAUCACGCAUCACAACUACGUGGCCGCCUUCUACACAACAACGUGGCCUAUGCUGGAGGAAACGUCAAGUGUCCUGCUUGCUUCCCCUCCCAUUACCCACCAGGCGGGCAUGAUGUUCACCAUGUUGGCUGCGCUGGCCGGCAUCACCUGUGUCUUGGUGCCGACCGUGAUGACGCCUGCACUAGCUGUAGACACCAUCGAGAAAUACAAGGUGACGAUGGCCGUGCUGUUCCCAUCCCAGCUGCAAGCUGUGGUACGCGAGCUGUGCCGCACGGGACGUAAGUUACCCAGCUUGCGGACUAUCGGCACAGGUGGCAGCGUGCUCCCGCCGUCCGUAGCAGAAGCAGCCCGCGAGGCCUUCGGUAGUCUCGAGCAGUUGUCGAGGGGCUAUGGCAUGACGGAGUCCUGUGGCGGUGUCACGAAUCAAUCGAAGAUUGGCGAGCACCUGGAUAGCACAGAUAUUGGAGUACCAUCGACAGGGGUCACAGUUAAGGUGGUGAACGUGCGUACACGCGAAAAGCUUGGCCCACAUCAGGUAGGGGAGAUCUGCUUCCGGACGUUGUCAAUGGUGAGGGGAUACUACAAGCGACCCAAAGAAUCCGCCGAGCUAUUUGACGAAGAAGGAUGGUGCAAAUCAGGGGACGCUGGAUACUACGACGAGGAUGGUCAUUUGUACUUCUGCGAACGCCUUAAGCAAAUGAUCAAGUGCAUGGACGACCAAGUUGUUCCUUCUGAACUGGAAGAUCUGCGACUCCGCGAGCACGCCAAUGAGAUCGCCGAGGUGUCUGUUGUAGGCCUUCCACACUCCGAAUAUGGAGAAGUUCCUGCCGCUGCAAUCGUUGUCACAGAAGAAGUCAAAAAGGAAGACUUGGCCACUCUUGCUAACCGGAUACGGGAAACUGUUGCAAACAGCCUCGCCGUGCACAAACACCUCUACGGCGGCGUUUACUUCGCGGACUCUCUACCGAAGACUGAGACGGCGAAAGUGAACAGACCGGCACUGGUUCGCUCUCUCAUGCGAGCCUAAAUCUAGUCUGACUUAUGUCGAAUAAAAGAUUCGGUAUGACAAUCCUUAACACGCUA